UGAUCCUCAUUCUGGGAUUCGUGAAAUUGACUUUGGUCUUGGUAAAAGUAACCGUGAUGUAUACCUUCUCGGAUGGCAGAGACAUGAUAAUAUUACACACAUUUCAUUAGAUUAUUGUAUUGAAGAUGGCAUUCCAGCAUGGUUUAAAAUCAGAGCUACUAAUAAUGUUUACCUGCGUGGUGUGGGACAUUCAGACUUUCCUAUCAUAGUGGACAGAAGUCCACCUGAACCUGGUGUUGUAUUUGAUGGUGACAACCACGGGGUGGAUAUUGAUUUUCAGUCAAUGCCUCACAUCUGUGCUAAUUGGCAGAAUUUCCAUGAUUUACAAAGUGGAAUAAGUAAAUAUACAUGGGGUGUUGGAACUAAUCCAGGAAAUGACGACGUUGUUAGUUUUCAUGAUAUCCCACAUACAGUAUUACAGCUAUGUAGUAUGAAUAUCAGCUUGACUCACAACACAACAUAUUACUCUACAGUCUUUGCUUAUAAUGCUGGUCACAAACGACUCAAUGUAUCUGUAAUCUCAAAUGGAGUACUCUAUGAUGCCACACCUCCAAUGACAGGUGAACUACGUGAUGGUUUAGAUCCUCAUACUGAUAUGAUGUAUUCAUCAGAAUCAUCAUCGGUAUCAGCUAACUGGGAUGGGUAUGAUGACCCAGAGUCUGGAAUUGGAAAAUAUGAUGUCAGUGUCUAUAGAAGACAUGCUGACAUAGAUAGCACCAACGCAACAUCUACCAUAGAACUCAUCCAUGGUGUUACAUCUCUAACGCCAGAUACCAAUUACAUCAACUGGCAUCACUUCCAUUUACAUCAUGGAGACUUUGUUUAUGUGCAACUGGAUGCUGUCAAUAAAGCUGAUAACCCGACAACUACACAGUCUGACGGUUUCACUAUUGAUAUGACUAAUCCCAUCAUGCAUUUCUUGGGAGAUGGAGUAAAUACUGGUGUGGAUUUACAAUAUUCUGAAUCCGUGGAUUCCUUGGCUGCUGAAUGGGAGAUAACUGAAGAUGAAAGUAUCAUCAUAUACACUUCAUUCUCUUAUGGAAGUUAUUCUGGUGCGCAUGAUAUAUACAAUAUAACUGACGUCACUGAUGGAUACAGUGUGCCUAAUGGUAUGGUGGUACCAGAGGGAAAUGGAAAACCAAAUAUUCUCACAUUGAGGUCACUCAACAAGGUUGGUUUGUGGACUGAGUCUAUAUCCGGUAGUGUGACUGUUGAUACAUCUCCACCAAUAGCGGGAACUGUAGAGUGUCCUAGAUACAGUGUAGCAAUUGAUGAACUGUUCUGUUCAUGGAGUCAUUUCUAUGACGAGGAAAGUUUUAUAUCACAUUAUGAAUUUGGCAUUGGAACGUCAGAAGGAGAUGAUUCACGAUUCCCUUAUACAAAGUUGCCUACACAUGUCACCAGUUAUAGAGCUAGAGAUUUACAAAAUGGUGGUCUGCAGCACAAUGGCGUAUACUAUGCAACCGUCAUUGCAUACAAUGGUGUCGGUUUGAAAUCACAAUCUUUCUCACUACCUAUUGUAAUUGACGGAACCCCUCCAAUACCAGGAAGUGUUAUUGAGUUGAGUGGAGUUGAUGAAAUUGAUGUUACCACAGACAAUACAGAGCAGAUUACAACGUGUUCUUUGGGUGAAGACUGUGCAUAUAUGGAUGUUGUUUGUCAGAAAUCUUUAACUCAGAUUUCAUUGUCGUGGCAACCCUUCCAAGAUCCUGAUACACCUAUUAUAAGGUACCAGGUUGCUGCUGGUACAUCACCAGGUGGUACACAACUACAGGAAUAUCAGGAUGUACCACUAGAUUCUUACUACACAGUUAUAACAGGACUUGAUUUAACUGAUGUCAAACAGGGAUAUGUGUCUGUUAAAGCUACAAAUGCUGCAGGAUUGACGUCUAUUGCAAUGUCUAAUGGUGUAUUCAUCAGUCGAAUUACUCAAGGUUUGCCCUCUAUUGGUGAAAGUUAUGUAUGGGAUGGUGACACCGAUAAAGACUUGGAUUAUCAAGAAAACAUUGAAAUGCUGAGUGGCCAUUGGGAUUUCAGUGGUGAUCCUUGUCCAAUCAGAAAAUAUGAAUGGUCUAUCCAAGGAUUUGAUGGUACAGAAAUACAACCAAUGGUGGAACUCCCUGAAGGUCAAACAUACGGUGAGAAUGACCAAGUUUCUUUGAAAGAUGGAGAGUCUUAUUACCUUGUUGUCAGGGCAACCAAUCUUCUUGGAUAUACUCAGUCAAUCAGAUCCAAUGGUAUCUCUAUACAAAAAGAUCCGUUGUUGCCAGGCCAGGUCAAAGAUGGUGACGUGAUUGGUUUUGACAUCAACUACCAACCAUCAGUGACUCUGUUAUCUAGCAAUUGGGAUGGAUUUGGACUGGAUGGUCUCAUGACAGGAGAGAUUCGUGGCCAACAACACCAGAUGAUAGAACACUAUGAAGUAGCAGCGGGAACCGAUCGUAGAUACCCAACAACGAGGACCAAUAUCCAUCCAUUUAUUCAUGUUGGUCUCAAUAAAACACACACAUUCACUGAUCUACAUUUGGUACCCAAGUCAGUAACUUACUACAUUACUGUGAGGGCAUACAGUGUGUCUACUGCAAUGAAAGAAGUUACAUCUAAUGGUAUUCAAGUAGGAUAUGGUGGUAAAGCGGUGUCACUGGGUGAGGUCAGAGUAUCAAGAUACAUUCCGUCGAAGACAACAAUGACAAUAGCGUGGGGUGGCUUUGAAUUUACUAUGCCAAUAAUGUUUUACCAAUGGGGAAUAGGAACUGUGGACAACAAUAUUGACGAACUCACUUGUACACAAUUGCAAAAUUUCAACGAGGAAGGUGAACUUCUUAGCAAUCCAGAAUAUUCUCACCUAUUUGAUAUGCAUUCCUUAACAAACACUGGUAAAGAUACAAUGGUGAGCCCUGAUGACCUGGAAUUUGAGGAGGGUCAGACAUAUACGGUGGUUGUCAUAGCAACAGAUGAGUCUGCACAGUGUUCCUUAGUGACAGACAUUAUUACUAUAGAUACCACUCCACCAGUUGAAGGGAGGUUACAGAUAGGUGCAUUUCAGAAUGAAGAUGUAAUGUACACAAAGCAACCUGAACAACUUGAUGUGACUUGGAGUGGUUACUAUGACGACAUUAGUGGUAUACAACAUUAUGAAUUAGCAUUGUAUGAAGGCCAGUCUUGUCAAGAUAGUGGUGAUUUGAUUAAAGUAAAGGACUAUAUAAAAGUAUUACCCAAUGAUACUGACUAUACCUUUCUUGAUUUACAACUCCAGCCAAGUCGUCCAUAUUUUGUACAUUUAAGAGCAACUAAUAAUGCUGAUCUAUCAGUGAUUACAAUAUCACCACCAAUAUUACUAGAUGUCGUUGACCCCAUCAGUGGAGUGGUCAAAGAUGGCGAUAACUACAAAGUGGAUAGAAUGUAUCAAAGUUCAACCAAUCACAUGGAAGGUGUUUUUCUUCAUCUCCCUAACCCUGAUAUCCCAGCAUGCCCCACAAGAGACUUCUCAUUGGACAAUCCACCAUCUGGUACUGAUUGGUUAACUGUCAUCGAUAGAGGUAUUUGGUCGCUAAAUGCAGAGCAGAGAAUUGUGUUCACUAAUAAUCAGGUGUCAUAUGCCGAUAAUGGUUUGUCAAUCACCAUGACAAGGGAUGUUAAUAACGAAGAAAUGAAGUCAGCUGCUGUAUCUUAUGCCAACUCGGAUGUUCAUGGAGGAGGAAAAUAUCAGGUUGACAUAUUGGCAGCUGGUGGUGAGACCCAUGCCGUAUCCAGUUUUAUAUUCUGGGAUGGUCCAUCUGGUGUUGUCGGCGAUUUCAAUGCACCGUUGGGAGAGAAGAGUUGGCAAGAUAGUGUGAUUGAAAAUAAAGAUUGUACAUGUUGUGAAAAUGAUAAUAUGACAGAGAAUUCAACCCAGGAAACAGUUACAUCUUCUCAAAAUAUUUGCGAGUGUAAUUGCACGGCAUACUUCAAACAAAUCAUCGAUAGAACAACACCAGUUGUCAUGUCUACUGAUGCAUCAACAGUAACAUCCAAUCCAUGGCAAGUCAUAGAAGAUGUGCUUCCUGGCAAAACAUACACCAGAGAUGAAAGUAUCAAGAACAAUGCCCAGACAGCGAUAGGACUCCAGCUACAUUCAGGGGUCAGUGUAAAUGGCGAGAUUAAACAUUUUGCCGUGGUCUGGAGUCGCUAUGUAAAUGACACAUAUGAACCCAAACAUGAGAUUAUUGAACUUUCAUUUGACCCAUCACAAGCCUGGCACACAUACUGCUUGGUGCUUACCAUGGAUGAUGUUGGUGACAAGACUGACUGGACAGUUGAGUUCUUCAUUGAUGACGUUGCAGCAGCUAUUAUGUCUGGUGUCCCACAUCUGAGUGACAAUGCAAAGCUUAUCAUGACAGUAUGGAAUAGAUUAGAUUUUGUGCCUGAGAUUACAGAUUUCUUCAAUCCACCUACAAGUACAGCAUCAUUUAGGAACCUAAGACUGCCACCAUUUGUUGAAACACUGUGUCGCUAUGGUGAUCCUUUUCGAAAUGGUGAGAAUGCCAUUGAGGGUUUCAUGGCAGGAAUUGGUUCUCAACGCUUACAAGAUGAUGUUGUACCAUUCAGAAUAGUGACCAGUCCAUGUAUCCCAUGUGUCAAGCCAUGUGAUUUAUAUAACUGUGAUAGUUCCUGUUCAGACAGUACAACUAGUGUCCAUCAUAUAGUGCUAGGAGACUUGAAUUUAAACCCCGAUGUUAUGAUUGAAGAAGAUGGUCAAAAUAAAACAGUACCAGUACCUUAUUAUCUCACUGUCAAAGGUGUAACAGGUUCAGGACGAUCAGCUGUUGCAUCUUCCAAUGGAGUGAUAAUUGAUGUAACUCCACCAGUUAUUGCUGAUUUAUACCAUGUUGACAUGUCAUGGUCUGAUUCAGAACCCACUGAAUAUCAGAGUAGUAAUACUACUAUAGCUGCAAGAUGGGAAGUAUAUGACAUAGGUAGUCAGGUCAAAGAUAUCCAGUUUGCUAUAGGCACAACACCACAUGGAAUUGACUUACAAGACUUCACAUCUGUGGGAUUGCAGUCAUUUGCUUUGAAUGAUGAUUUAGAUCUCGUGAAUAGAGAUCGUUACUAUGUAACUUUAAAAGUAACAAAUAACGCUGGACUAGAAAGUAGCAUGUCAACAACUGGUGUGACUGUGAUAGCUGAUUCACCUGAUACUUCCAAUGCCACUACCUCAACAUACUGUGGUGAGCCACUUGGCGAUGGUAUUGAAAGAUGCAAUGAUCAAAAUGUCGUAGGUUUGUCAUGGGAUGCAUUGGAUGAUGAUCUCAUAGAGGCUUACUACUUUAGUGUAGGGUCAUCUGAUGACAGCAAUGAAGAUGUAAUUCCAGAAGUCCAAGUUGGAUUGAAUGCGUCAGGUUCAGUCCAUGUGGAAAGUGGCAUCCUAGUAAUUGGUGAGACCCCAGCUGCUAAUCUGUCUGCAAUGCGAGAGAAAAAUCCUGAAGAAGAGGAAACAAGAUUGGAGCUAGGUUUACCUGAUGUCUAUACCAAUAAGUUCCUAAUGGAGCCAGGAAAAGUGUUGGUCAGCUCUCUCAAAGUCUGUAACAAAGGUCAUCAAUGCAGUGACUAUACUGUUAAAAAAGUUGCUAUGAUUCGUGAUGAUGAUGAAGUGGUUACAUCAGUGAAUGGGGAAGAUGUGACUCUAAGCUUGACUCAGGAUGAGAAUAAUGAUAUACCAAAAGUGACAAUAUCUACUUCAGGAGGAUUACCAGCAGGUUCUUCGAUGGCAGCUGGGAUAUUGACACCAGAAGAUCUCUCCAAAGAAUAUGGAUCAGAUGCAUCUAAUGAAUAUAGAUCAUUUAUUGUGGACCCAGAAAACACAAAAGAUUCAAUUAGUAGAGCUUUGACUAAUAGAAUUGAAAAAAUUCAUGGCAGUGCAUUUUAUGUUAACUUACUUGGUGACUUCAGUACCAAUGGCAAAAUAAAUAUCACAAUGUCAUUCAAUAUGUCUGAGUUCAAAGCCGAUGCAAGACCUCGCAUUAUCUACUGGCAUACAGAGUAUGAAGAAUGGCAUGAUGCAAGCCAUACAUGUGCUGAUACAUUUGAUCAAUACUAUUAUGAUUUAGACCAAGGGACAAUCACAACCCAGAUUUGCUCCACUACAUAUGCUCCAGAAGUAUUCAGACUUGCGCGUAAUCGUAAACGUCGUCAGGCACCAUCAGAAAACACUUUUAGUGGCCCAACGUCCUUUGUUCUGGCCAAUGUAAACAACGAAUACCAAAACACACCUCCUACCAUUGUAUCAGAUACCACUAUAUUUAUGGCAGAGGACAGUGGCACUGUUCAUUUCACUAUUAGAGCCACUGAUGCAGAAUCAGAUAUCAUAGUAUUUAGAGUUAACGAAAGUUGUCCAUCACCACAACUUGGAUCAGCUGACCUCAAUCUAGAUGAGAUUUGA